CUUUGUGCGGUCUGCUCACCGGGCUUUUACCCACGACACGCGCCACACACACCGCACACGCAGCACGCCCCACGCGGUCUACCACACACGGAGGUCACACGGAGCAGGCGCAGGUCCCCGGCUCAGCGUGGGACUCUCACUGCGGGAUUUUACCUGAACGAACUGAGCGACGAGGAGACACGACACGCGUGGCUCCGUGGAUGAAAGUGAUCAGAACACGGAGAAAAAGACACCGAAGAAACGAGACCAGGACCAGUCCGGUCCUCAGCAUGCGUCCCGGCUCCUGUACCUUCCCCCUCCUGCUCGGGCUGCUCCUGAUUGGGGCCCUCCUACCCUCCCUCUGUGUGUGGGGCUAUACUUUGGACCAGGAGCACAACCUGCAGUUCAAGGGCCCCGAGGCCUCCAUGUUCGGCUACUCCGUCCUGCUGCAUCGCCACAAGAGCCACAGCUGGCUGGUGGUGGGCGCUCCGGUGGCUAACUCCUCUAACAACACACUGCCCUCUCCUGGAGCCGUGUACCGCUGCAGCCUCCAGGACCCGACACAACGCUGUGUCCCCAUGGGCGCAGAGGUCACCAAGUGUGGGAAGACAUGUGAGGGGGAGAGUGCCCACCAAUGGCUUGGGGUCAGUCUGUCACGGCAGCCAGGGGCCCAAGGAGGACAUGUACUGGCUUGUGCUCACCGCUGGAAGAAUGUUUACUACUCACAGAGGGAUGGUCAGAACAACAAGCUGCCCAACGGAGUGUGCUUCAGAUAUGGACAGGACCUGAAGCACGGCCACCCCUACAUCCCCUGCUACCGAGAUCACCAGAGGAAGUUUGGGGAGGAAUAUGGCUCGUGUCAGGCUGGCAUCUCCAACGUCUUUACCCAGGACCUGAUCAUCAUGGGGGCCCCAGGGACAUCGUACUGGACCGGCUCAGUCCUUGUCCUCAACAUAUCCAGCGGAGUCCUGUCCUCCUAUGUGGACGACCACUCUGCCACAGUCAGCUUCGGCAGCUACCUGGGUUACUCUGUGGGUGCGGGACAAUUCUUGAGCCCUUCUUCGAUGGAGGUGGUAGGGGGCGCUCCACAGCACAACCAGAGGGGAAAGGUCUUUAUCUUCUCUGUGGACCGCAACACUCUGAGGGUGCUCACCAAUGUUUCGGGCAAAGAGCUGGGCUCGUACUUCGGGGCCAGUCUGUGUGUGCUGGACCUAAACGCAGAUGGAUUAUCAGACCUACUGGUGGGUGCUCCCAUGGCAACAGGGGUCAGCCGCGAGGAGGGACGUGUUCAUGUCUACCUCAACCAGGGACAGGCGGAGCUGCAGGAGGCGGAGUUUCUGCUAUCAGGUAGUGAGGCAUAUGCUGCUCGCUUUGGGGAGGCCAUCGCUGACCUGGGAGACCUGGACGAUGACGGUUACCCAGAUGUAGCAGUUGGAGCUCCUCAUGAGGACGAGUUGAGAGGAGCAGUGUACAUCUACAACGGCCGACAGGACGGCAUCUCCCCCAACCCCUCACAGAGAAUCACGGGGGCCUCUCUGGGCAGAGAGCUGUCUAUGUUCGGUCAGUCGCUAAACUCUGGAGUGGACAUCGACAACAACGGCUACCAAGAUGUGGCGGUCGGAGCCUUUCUUUCCGACUCUGCUGUGAUUCUCAGGUCCCGGCCCGUGGUGCGAGUGGAGGCCUCAGUGCACCUGCCAGAACAUGUCGACCAGCAGGUGGCGCUGUGCUCAGAGACCAGAGCUCCUACAGUGUGCAUGAACGUGAGCGUGUGCUUCCAGGUCAGCUCCAGGCAGUUCAAAGGAGCAGUGGACCUCUUGUACAAUGUGACCUCUGACCUCCUGCACAAGCCCUCCUUCCCCCACCGUUUCUAUUUCCAUGGCAACGGCUCAUCAAACAGCACCAGGGGGCGUGUUCGGGCUCGGCUCGGACAGCCCACCUGUAACACCCACCUGGCCUUUCUGAGGCAACCCGUGCGGGACAUCUUCACUCCAGUUCGCUUCCAGGCCUCCUUCAGUCUGAGAGAGGCCCCACCCACCCGAAGCCACAGGCCUUUGCCCCCUCUGAGGCCCAUCCUGCAGAGGGAUGGGGCCAAAAGCGCCAGUGCACAGACUCUCUUCUCGCGCUCCUGUCUCCUUGACGACUGUUCCACAGACCUGCAGCUCUCAGCACAGCUUGUCCUGCCCGGUGAGCGUCAGUACUUCCCAUUGGGCUGGACGCGGAGCUUUAUGGUGAAUGCGUCUGUGGUAAACGCUGGAGACGACAGCUUCUUACCGCGCCUCACCCUCCUCUUCCCCCCCGCUGUGCAGUACGUGCGCGUGUACGCGGAGGAGAUGGCCGUGAGCUGUGACAUCAUCGCAGAGGUGAACAGCACAGUAGGCGUGGCCUGUGGGGUGGUGGGGCUCCUCCUCCCUGCACAGGCUCAGCUCAACGUCAGCUUCAUGUUGGACGUGAGCCACAACAGCACACCUAGUGACGUCAUUCUCCAGCUGAGCAGCCGCAGUGAGAACUUUGAGAAGGAGGAGUUUCUAAGGGACAACUCUGUGAGCCUGGUGCUGCCGCUCAGACAAGAAAUGGACAUGUCCAUCCAUGGACAUGUGAGCCCCUCCUCCUUCACCUUCUCUGAGCUGGAGGAGGACUACUCUCCAGUUGACUGCUACACUGAGGCUCUCAACUUCACUUACAAGGUUGUAAACUCUGGCCCCAGUCGCUCUCUAGACACAGUGGUGGAGGUCCUGCUGCCUCGGUCCCUCAUCCCUUACCCCCAUAGACUGCUGCAGAUCACAGACUGGCAGGUGUCGCAGGGUGAGUGCACCAUUGUGGACAGGGUGCUCCCAGUGCAGGAUGAUUGUUUGGUCCCUCAUGCCUCUCUCCUGCAGCAGCUCGUCUUCUUCUUCUCUCCUCCAGCCACACGCCUCCUGUUCUGUGCCCCUCGGGACCCUCUGUGUGAGCGCAUGGUCUGUAACGUGGGCCCUAUGGAGGCUGGGCGAGUGGCCACCAUCCACCUAGAGACCAAGCUCAACCCGGCUGUGCUGCUGCAGGCUCCGGGUCGACACCGCGUGAUGAAGCUGGAGAGUGUGGCAUUUCUGUUGCGUCCUGUGGAGGACCAAUACACAGUGAUGACUAGUGAGAAGAGGGACGUCCAGGCCCAGGUGGUGGCGCUGUUCUCCCAGAAUCCCUCUGCAGCGGUCAGGGUCUUGCUGCUCGUGGUCAGUCUGAUACUGGGCCUUCUCAUCUUGUCUGUACUCAUCUACUGCCUCUGGAAGGCCGGUUUCUUUAAGAGAGAAUUGCAGCAGAAGAAGAUGAAGAGGGACAGCUGGGACUAUGUGCCAAAGCUGGGCCCCAGAGAGAGCUUCUCCUAACGAGCACAGGCACGAGGCAAGGGGGGUACACGGCAGGGAUGUCCACUAGCUCCAGAACUCUUCAUCGGCCUUCCCCUAAAGAACUGUACUUCUACUGGUUCUCUGCUUCUCGGGCGAACUCUGUGACCUGCUCAGGGCUCACAUAGCAGAGGGAUAACCUCACUGAAGUCAUGUGGAAGUACUCUGUGACCUUUGACCUUUAGAGGGUCAUGUUGUUGAACUGAAAGUGGAUGUGUUCAGUUAAGUUUGCUUGCUUCCUCAAAAUCAUAGCUUCUCAUGGCUCAGAAAAGAGAAAUAUGAGGAACUAUCUCUGCCUCUCCUGGGUAGAUAGGACUAACAGCAGAAGAGGAGGAGCUGAGAAGGCAGGUUUGGAGACUUUAGAUGCACCCGCCGUAUGACUGCACUACUGACUGCACUGCACACCUGAAUGAGCACAGACCAAAGAGAGCAAGAACCAAAGAGCCCCAUGAGACUCUGUGUGGACUGAAGAACCUGAAGGAACCUCGUCCUCUUUAUAAACCUUAAGUAACCAUGGUUUUACUGUAUACACUACAGUCAAAAGUGUGGACGCACUUUCUCAUUCAAUGUUAUAUUGAGUGUAUAUCGCAUGUUUGAGUCAUCUUUAUACUCCUGUAGUCAAGAUUUCAUUGCUCGAAUCUACCCCCGUUUCCACUGCCACAGGUGCAUGUCCACUGCUCUGUACUUUGUUCUCCAAUUUUAUUUUCCUAAUUGGUGAUACAUGUAGGAUUCGGCAGCCUCACAUAGACAUUUUGGGACAAAUUCUAUAAAACUCUGCUGUUCGCUAGCGUGAUCUGCAGCUUCCUAUACGAGGUGCCAACAGUAUGCGGCUCUUUGUUGUGACGUUUGCGGCGAUGUACAGUAAAGGGGCAGGCGGAAAUCUGCUCUGAAUACCUCAUUGGGAAAUCAGUAGACUUGUUUCAUUUAUUAUGUUGUUUUAGAUGAAUAUUGCAAUUUAAAAUAUACAAAUCAUAAUAGAAUUAUCCACGGGUGUCAGAGAUUAUAACUAUGGAGUAGACACAGGCACAAUAGGCCUUCUUUAAAUGAAAUGUGUGUCCAAACUUUUGACUGAUGGUGUAGGCGUUUGAGCUGAUUAGCUGGUCCACAUGUGAUAGCUUUUGUUCUACCCGAGUGAUGUUCUCCACCAAAGCAGGAGUAACAUCAGCCACAUGGUUCCUGUCCUCAGAGAUAUUUGUAAUUUUCUAAUUCUAAACUGAAAUUGUGAAACUGAUUUGAACCAAAAUGACUUUAAUCUAUUUAUUUUUCUCCACUCCUUGUAGCCGAUCGGCCUGUACAGGUCCUGUCUAUGACUACUUCUGUGUUCAACCCAGGGACAACAGUUUUAUAAUGUUAAAGAAAUUGUGAAAAUGCUGGUAAUUUGUUUGAAUAAAAUAUGAUGCUGUCA